AUGCAAACGUGGAAGGGCACACCGAUGGGUUCGCCGAUUUCGAAAUUCAUCGCCGAGGCGGUCCUGCAACGGUUAGAGUCGCUGGUCUUCCAACACCACAGACCGAAGUUCUGGGCCCGGUAUGUGAAUGACACCUCCGUCGUCAUCGAACGGGAUCAGAUCCUGACAUUCAAAGAACGUCUCAACGCCGUCUUCCCCGACAUUCGAUUUAAGAUGGAGGAGGAAGAGAACAACCAGCUGGCCUUCCUGUAUGUCCUCGUAUGCCGCAAAGAUUGUGGUGGACUAAACACCAAAGUGUUCAGGAAAGCGACAAAUACGAUGCAAGUACCGAACUUCAACAACAACCACCCAAUCAGCCACAAAUGCAGUUGUGUAAGGACGCUCUAUCGGCGGGUCGAAACGCACUGCAGUGGGCCGGAAGACAAGAUUGCCGAACUACAAUACCUCCGACGGGUCUUCAAAGCCAAUGGCUACCCGCGCAACUUUGUCAACCGGUGCAUACGCAAUAGGGACUAAAGGCCUACCCGCAAGGACACCAAAUCUUAGCGGACGCUUCCGUAUAUCAAGAACGUUUCGGAAGCUGUCGGCCGCCAUCUCGCACCACUUGGCAUUGGAGUUGCAUACAGACCGGAGGCAACCAUCAGGCGUCUGGUAAUGAAACAAAAAGACCCACUGCCACGGCUAGAAACGUCUGGAGAGGUUUAUCGGAUAUGGUGCAGUUGCGCACAAAGCGACUACGUCGGAGAAACCGGAAGACAGCUCCGAACUAGAAUGGCCGAACAAGCUGCAGCGGUGCGCAGAAACGACGCCAGCUCUCAAGUUGCGGCUAAUUCGACGAGAUCCGGCCACACAUUUAAAUCCGACGAGGCUGAAAUUCUCGCAAGAGGUGACAACCGCGUGAGCCGGGAGCUACUUGAAUCAUGGUUUACUGGCCCCCAGUCAAUAAAAAAGUGCAAUGAACUUCCCCUUCCAUACUCUGUACUGAAAUUUCGCCUAGGCGGAGUUAUUAGCCUCGCGGGGAGCGCAUAUGUGAACACUUGUCCCAACACCAGGGUCGGUGCGUCAGAUGGUCGAGCAAUCAUUACACCAACAUCCAACGCACGUGAUUAAAUGGCAGCAGUUAACGACUCGAAUGUCGGCCAUCAAACAAUUAGCACACCAAGUGCAACGAUCCCGGAUGAAGGGGAAGCCGUAAAUGUGGUACCAUGGCGACUGCAUCCUAUAAAUACUGCAGCCCUUGGUGCAUGAAUCACCCGUAUCUGCUGUUGUCUCUGAUGAUGGAUUCGAGCAGGAAUCCAAAAUGUCUGGUUGAUAAAGCUCUUGUCCCAGCGAUCGUGUCUCCUUCUUCAAAACGUGGAAGUUUUUGACAAGUGCGACAAUAAUUUAUUAGGGUCCUCUUAAAAAACUUCAAGAAUCAGUAAAUACGUUCUCAGAUUUCGCAGAGAAAAGCGACAUUCUUGUUUCACUGGUGCUAAACAAUGUUUUUAGAGAGUGCAAGACGCAAUCCUCGCAGUCCUUAAGUAUGAUCCACCAUUCAUAUAUUGGUAUUACGGGUCCAAAAGACUGAAAUGUCACCUUACAUUUGUAUGAGAUAACUGUAGGUUUAGUUAUUUUUUACAUAUCGCUACCGACUGUUCUGGAAAAGGAAUAAUUAAUUAUGAGCACCUACAUGCAAAUAAGCAGUCUUUUGGAAUAUUUUAGAUCCGGUACAGGCAUAUGGAUAACCUCAGUGCCGCAGAUAGCCUCGCGCUGAAAUCCGGAGCGAUUCUUAUUUUAAUGUCUUAACCUUAAUCCAAAACCCAACUCUGACAUUAAAUCUCAUAAAACUAACCUUAUCUUAACUGUACUUACCCCAACGCUGACUCCAACCCAAAUCUAGUUCCCCCAACAUUUGCGAUGGGACCACCUGUAAAGCUAAAAGUUCGUAUUCCCGCGCACAACCAUUUUUAAAUCAUAAAGGGCAUGUACCGACAAGCCAACGCGAGGAUACUGAACCAUUUGUUUUACCAUUUAUUCAAAUAUUUAGAAAUAUCACAUUGGACUGGAAAAUCGAAUUUCGGACAACCUAACUUGCAGUAGGCUGCGACUUGAGAUGUACCAGUUGUUCAAGUCUCUUGCAUGACCAAGCCAAUGAAGAGCAGAAUAAACAAAAGUCACUUACACUUUUUGGCAUCUGCGACUUUCUUUACGUUGUUGGUCCUCAAAAAGUUGCACUAAAUUGCUUUUUGGGAAACAGAUAAUUAAUAUCAUUGCUUCAACGAUGUUGUGGGACUCCUAAUUUUGCGUGUUUGCGUUGGGUUGGGUUAUAGAUUAUUUAAGUCUAUUUUGCACAGAAAGUUCGGCAGGUGUUUUUUCAAGUUACCGAUUUGUUUGAUUUUAGACGGAUUGAUUUUGCAACUCCGAACGUUGCUGCUGCCUGAUUGGUGAGUGGCGAGACAGCAUGGUCUGUCAUCACAUCAGUAGAGAGCGUUAUGUGGUAGCUGAAGUUAUUCAGACAAAUAAUGGAUAGUCAGGUCAUCUGCAAUCGAUCAACUUAAAGACAUCCUGCCGAUCAUAUUGUGUUCUUCCUUGUGCAUUUACCUUCGCCUACCAACACAUUCAAAUCAGUUAACUCAACUUCCUAUCCAAAUAAAAACUAAGUGAUUAAGACAUAUUUAAGUAUUCAUAUUCUCUUUCAUUAUACUUCUUAAUUCUGAGAGAUUCACCUGCAAACGAGGACAAAACUGCGCAAUAAAUGUGCCAAAAAAGUAAUCCCCUGACAGAUCGCGGACGAAAGGAAAACUUUUCGCGGCUGAUAUCAUUUAAAGUCUACAAGAAGUCUAAUUUAUUGCUCUUCCUUGGCCAGCUGCAAGUCCUGUUCUGACAGCGUUUCUGCUUACUGAAUAUUAUUACUGACACGCUGAAAAUCAAAGGAGAAGACAAAUAACGGGUUUUUCCAAUGGCCGUUGGGUGGGUUGAAGGAUUCGGGUUCUAUCUGGAGUCCGACGGUCUUUUUUGGCAUCCGGUCGUUUAUUCGCUCUAGUUUAGGCUCAUCUACCCCAUGAACAACGCGCUUUCACGUGUUCAGUUCAUCUUAGGGUGUCAUCGAGGGUGUGUCUUUCAAGCCUUCUGACGCCAACAGCGCCGACGCAGCACGCUCGCCGCGUAAUAAAUCGUGCGCAUAAACACACGGGCGCAUAGCCCACCAAAACGAAAUACCUCAUCUGAUUGGCUGUGCCCUAGUGGCACAUUUAAAAGUGUUCAGCCUAGAUUUGCACGGAUGUCCUCUAAGCCCAGUCAGAGGCGAAGAAAGCCCACAAACUGCACAAAAACCAACCAUUCAAAUACAGUGAGACAGAUGUCACCAGCAAGCCAUCAAGCCACCUUCAACGCGUGAAUAUCCAAAGGGCAAAUUUGAAGGCGGAAAAUAUAACCAACCAGGAAAUAAAAUCACAGUGAAGCAUGUCCCACUUCCGAAACAUUGAAAAAUUCGUGACAUUCUCUUCACAUCAGUCGCCCGGUGGCUCCUCGAUUUCUUCAGUCGCCUCACUCGAGUAAGUGUACUGUCUACGGACUGGCGUGAUAUAUUAAUUUUUUACUUAUAUCCGUAGCGUAAGCUGCUCUGAAAAAUGAUCAUGUAGCGGCGAAAAAUCCCAAAUGUUUCCUUGUAGAUCCAUAUGGUUAAAAGGAACUUGGAUGCAAUUAUUUCAAAUUGAUGGGUGUGGAAAACUGUUCCUUUUUUCGAGACCCAGAAGAAUGAAGGUCUUUAAAUUUCUAGGCAGUUUGUAAUAGGGUCGAACUAAAAUUAAUUCCAUUCAAAAACACUGGGACGAGUAGGGGCUUCAGCUCUCUGAUUUAAAUUAAACUUGAACAGUUUUUGUGUCUAAUUCCAAUCUUUAAUGGUUGGUUCGCAUAUGGCGGUGUUUUUGAUUCCUGUCAACUCUCUUGUUAUAUUAAGUCACAGCUUCUUUAAUUCCCCCAAAAUGAUAAACUGUUUAUGUCAAUACGAUACAACCAAGCGUUUUCUUGGUUCGUUUGAGUAGAAAAGGAAAGAAAUAGUCGUAAAAUCUGAACAGUCAUUUACUGCCUUCCAGUAUAUAUACCUUCUGCGCUUACAUAUCCGCUAAGUGCUAUUUUAAAACAUUUGUUAAAAACUACAAGCGCAUUAGGUACAUUGCUUAGUCCUGAGACAGUUUUCAUGAAAAUCACUCACCUAUAAAGCAGCCAUUGUUGUGUACCUGCUAAAGUAAACAGACAUUCUCGCAUUUGGGUCAAGUUACCCACCCAACUUACUGCCACGUCUGCAAUCCACCAAAUCAGAUACAAUGAACUGACUGCCCAAACAGGAGUUCCUAAGUAAUCCACCUGCAAUCCAUCAGGUGACUGUCAUGCUCGACUAAUAGGUGUUUUGGCAGAUUCUGACCCAAAUCAGAAAUAUUCGACAUCUACUUAGACAUCUACAAACACUGAAGAUUGUUUCUAAGCGCUGUUUUUCUUAUUCUGUCUAAAAAACUGGAUAAAUAUGCAUGGGCAAGAGAAUAGUCAAAUUCUUUUUUCAGGACUCACUAGUUAUUUGUGCACCAAAUAGGGCGAGUUAGAUAAAAAAAUUAAUGACGUAUUUAUUUAACCUUAGCGCUAGCUUGUCUGCUGUGGCUGACGGAUCAAAAUGAAUAAGCGCAUAAAAUAUUCGGUUAGAAAAGUAGCCUUUUAUGUUAGGUUUUAAACCACAGUGUUCUGCAUAUUUUGCUUUUGCGGCUACUAGCAAUUUCAGAUGUCAUUUAGCCACCACCGAUCCUCUUGACUCUCACCAACCACCGGUACCAAGAGAAGGAAGUGUGCUCUGUGCGACGCAAGUCACUGCCAUGCGCUCGUUUCGCUGUGGGACGCAUGGGAGCAUCACCACAUACGACGAACGAACUGCCAGCAAAAAGUGUUCCGCAAGUUAAGAGCGCAAAUGAUCCUUUCAAAAAACAGCGUUACCAGUAGGAUAUGUCUCGUUACUAUUCUAAAUAAAGAGAAAGGGCAAUGGUUUGACAAAUAGUGCUGAUUCCCUCUGCCGAUUAUUACCCCCACACCGACGAAUAGCACUAAAUGUCGCUAUGGGAUCCGAAACAACGUGCGUGUUUGAAGUACAAGGAGCAGAAGCCUAGAUGAUUAGCGCUUCUUGCCCCUGUUCCGCUCACACGUUCUCGCAAAGGUCAAGAAAUAAUUAAAUUUAUGUCGGCAGUCAGGGAUAAAAUAAACAUGUUUAUUCCACAGCUGCUCAGCUGCCCAUUCCUCUAUCCCUAUGUCUACACAUUCAUUCCGAAUUUUGGGCUGAUAAUGUAUACAUUUUGAUCUAUCAUAUAACUUUAAGCGAGCUCAGGGCUCUUCUUCCACAAGGGCUCGCAAAAUCAUUUCAGACUACACGUUAUACCCUUCUUGUCAAGAGUCUCAGAAGGCGGAGUAUCUGAUUGGCAUCUUCAAGGUUGGCUUCUGAACACAAGAUUGGCUAAAUUAAGUGGGGGUUCAGCGCAUCA